CCCAUACAAACCAAGCAGAAUGAGGACAAAAGCUUCUUUCACAAAAGACGCAAGAGAGGCAGUCAGAAAAGGGGAUGCUGUGAAUGGUGUUAAAGGAGUGCUGCCAUUCAUGAUGCUGCAAUAUAUAGACCCAAGUACAGUUUUUCCAGUUGACUGGAUGCACUGUGUUUUGCUGGGAGUCUGCAAGUCAUUGAUGUCUUUCUGGUUGAAUGCCAAGUACAAGCAAAAAGACUUUUUCAUUGGGGAUCGGAUGAGUUUGCUGAAUAAAAGACUGCUAAGCAUCGUUGUUCCUGACUUUGUGGCAAGAAAACCAAGAGGAAUGGAAGACCAUGCCCAUUGGAAAGCUUCUGAGUGCAGAGAGUGGCUGCUUCAUUUUUCUGUGCCAGUUUUACAUGGAAUUUUACCUCCGAUUCCAUAUGUCCACUAUCUUCUCCUUGUUACUGCUAUUACUUUUCUUACAAAGUAUGGUGUAACGCUUGCAGAAGUAGAUCAGGCGAUGAAACUCUUGGAGGAAUUUUUAAAACUAUAUCCAUUGAUUUAUGGAAGGGAAUCCCAGACAAUGAAUGUUCACUUAUUGAAACAUUUGGUCUUUUAUGUAAGACAGUUUGGACCAUUGUAUACAUUCUCUUGUUUUGGCUUCGAGUCGAUGAAUUGUUUCAUCAAGAACAUGGUACAUGGAACACGUCAUGUCAACAAUCAGAUCUGCUUUGCAGUUGGGAUGUCCAAACAACUUGCACCGUUGAUAACAAGAAUCAUUAAUGCAAGUGACAUGAUGAUUGGAGCACUUGCCAAGAGAUUGGGCAAAAAAUUUUUGAUGGAGAAUAAGUUGGAAUCCCAAGGUGACAAAAUUGAACCUUUAGGCUGCAGUACUAAUGUACAAGGGAACAACUGUCACUACAAUCUGCUAACAGAAGUAAUGAAGAGGUCAUCUCCAAAACUCUAUCUGAGAGUACAAAAAGGGGACACAGUUUACUAUUCAAAGGAAUAUAGAAGAGCGAAAACCUUUAAUGCCUACUCAGUUUGUUUUCUUAAAAAUGGAAACGAGAAGGGUUUCGGUAUCAUUUUGUGUUUCAUAAAGGUGAAUAAUGAGGUAUUUGCAGUUAUGGAUGUUUGUGAAACCAAACCUUUCACUUUGGAAGUCACUAUGUUAGACACUUUGUGUGAUGUAUCAGCUACCUUACAAAGUUUAACCGACAGAUUGUGUCCUCAUUUUGUCCACAUACUGUCACAGAAUCGGAAAAGGCUGGUCAAUGUGAAAUCUCUGUUGAUGAAAUGU